AUAGAGUCAUAUGUGUCUGAACCUUUCUACAUCCUUAUCUCUUCUUCUCAUAUCUCUCUAGAGAUUUCCUACAGUCAUUCUCUGAGAUGGCAGGAAUAGCAUUUGGAAGGUUUGAUGAUUCCUUCAGUUUGGGGUCUCUUAAGGCCUACCUUGCUGAGUUCAUUUCAACUCUGCUCUUCGUUUUUGCAGGAGUUGGUUCGGCCAUAGCUUACGACAAGUUGACAUCCAGUGCUGCUCUUGAUCCUGCUGGACUUGUAGCCAUUGCCAUCUGCCAUGGCUUUGCUCUCUUUGUUGCAGUUUCAGUUGGUGCCAACAUCUCUGGAGGCCAUGUUAACCCAGCAGUCACAUUCGGAUUGGCUCUUGGUGGCCAAAUCACUAUCCUCACUGGAAUCUUCUACUGGAUUGCUCAGCUUGCUGGUGCCAUUGUAGCAUGCUUCAUCCUCAAGUUCGUCACCGGAGGCUUGACAAUUCCUAUCCACACUGUGGCUGCUGGAGUUGGAGCCAUUGAAGGAGUUGUGUUUGAGAUCAUCAUCACUUUUGCUUUGGUCUACACUGUCUUUGCAACAGCAGCUGAUCCCAAGAAGGGAGACUUAGGCACCAUUGCACCCAUUGCCAUUGGUUUCAUUGUUGGAGCUAACAUCUUGGCUGCAGGACCCUUCUCCGGCGGGUCAAUGAACCCGGCUCGAUCAUUUGGACCCGCCGUUGCCAGCGGAGACUUCACCAACAACUGGAUCUACUGGGUUGGACCCCUCAUUGGUGGUGGUCUUGCUGGACUUAUCUAUGGCAAUGUGUUCAUUCACUCUGAGCACCAACCCUUGGCCAGUGAAUAUUGAGUGCCUAGGCUAUUUGGCUUUGGAAUAAAAGGAGGAAGAGCUAAAUUUUUUCCCUUUUUUUUUUUUUUCCUUUUGUUUUCCGAUCUUCAUUAGUUUAUUUUCUCUGCUUUGAACCUUCGUUUCCUUGAUUGGUAAGUGCUGUUGUACAGCCCAGUUCUAGGUCACUUUUCUAUUUGAAAUGAAAAUGAAUGUAGUUGCUGGUGAAAUGCAAUCAAUAUGUGAUCAACCUUCUA